AUGGAUCAAUACAACAACCACCACCACAACCAACAACAACAACAACAAAGUGACCAAUAUUUAAAGUUAUUCUCAUCGAUUCUACCAGUGUCACCUUUGAAUACAGAUGCGUUCCUCGGGCAAUACAACCAAGCGUUGGCACAAGACUUGGAUCUAGACGGAUACGGAUUGGUCAAUGACACUACAAUCGAUCAUGGUAAUAUCACAAAUGCUGAUUUGGAUAUGCGUGAUGUAUUCAUUCCUCCUAAUCAACAAAAUCAACAACAACAACAACAACGUCAUCAACAACAAUAUUAUAAUAAUCAUCAAUCAGAUAAUAGUAUGAUUCAAAGUGAAAGAGGAGGAGGAGUAGGAGCAAGUACAACUUCUAGAAUUGAUGAUUCAGUACUCUAUAGAGGAGGGGGAGGAGGGGGAGGAGGGGUAGGACAAUCAUCAAGAAUGAAUCCUAUCAAUCAUUCAUCAACCACUGUCAUUCCCCAAUCAUCGGUCAUUUACCAACCUACUCAAAGACCAACUACUAGUACUACCUCUAACAAUGAUAAUGAUACAAGUCAUUACAUCCCUUCGUAUCCAGAGGCAAGUAGACCUAGUGUGAGUGAAUAUCGAGGUUACCAAGACCAAGUUUCAAGAGUUCAAAAUCAUCAACAUCAAAUUCAACAACAACAACAACAACAACAACAGCAUCAAUACAAUCAACAUCAACUUAGUAGAUCAAUGGGAUCUGAUUUUAAUAAUACUGUUAUUUAUAAUCAACCACCACAUGCCGCCACUACUACUACUGGUGUUGCAAUGGUUCCAAACACCAAUUCGACUGUAUUCUCUGCCACUGCUUCAACCAAACAUGAUCAUCGACUUCAAGGGGAAUUUGAUAAUCCUCUUGAUUUUGAUCCUUCCAUUUCUGUAAACUCUUUAGAUACUGGUAAAACUAAUUUCAACAUUGAUAAUAAUGCAUUUUAUGGAAAUUACCAACAACAACCUCAAAAUCAUCAUCAACAACUUCCAAAAUUUGUUUAUGGAAAUAUACCAACAAAUAGUAUUGUUAGUAAUUAUCCAGAUGAUUCAUUAAUUUAUACACCAGAUACUUUUGAUCCAAACGCAAGUACAACUCCACCUUUACCACAUCCAACAUCGUCAUCAUCAUCACAAGGUCAAUAUUAUCAAAGACCGACAACACAACAACAACAACAACAACAACAACCAAUUCAAUAUAUUGAUCAAUUGACACCAUCUACAUUGUUUGGAGAAAAGUCAGAGGCAUUGGGAACAUUGAGUGGUAAUGGUGCACCACCCAAAUUUGAAGAUUCUUUGGUGAAUCCUUCACCAGGUGCAUCGAUGAUUAAUGGUAAUAAUGUUAGUGCAACCAGUAACAUGAACUCACCUUUUGUAACUGGUUACCAAAUCGAUCAACAUCAUCAAAAUCAACAACAUCAACAACAACAACAACAGUCGAAUGAAAGUUUUGGAGUUGGACCAAAUUAUUCAAGAAAUACAGUACUACAAUAUACACCAAAGUCUACUGAUCUUGAACGUUCCAACUAUCAACAUUUAAUGGAAAAAUAUCGUGGACUUGUUUUAAUGGAUGAUACAACCAUGAGUAGAGAUAUUAGUUCUUUAAAUAUUACAAAUACAAAUCAACCAAUUAAUCAUAAUAAUAAUGGUGGUAGUAAUCAAAGUAGAACUGCUUCAUUUAAUGUUUCAAAUCUUUCACAACAACAACAACCAACUAUAGUUAAUACUGCUAGUAUUCAUCAUUAUCAACAACCUCAACCUCAACCACACCAAUCAUUACAACAAUCACAACAAUCAAGAUCACAAAAUAAUAAUAAUAAUUUUAAUAAUAGUAAUAAUGGAUAUACAAUGAUACAACCACAUCCAUCAUCAUCAUCAUCCUCGUCACCUUUAAGAAAUAAUAAUCAAAAUAAUAAUGAACAAGAUUAUUCUUAUCCAGGUGAAUUAAGAAUAGAAAAAGUAUUAGAUUUUGGACCAUGUGAUAAAGAUUGGAUGAUAACAAGGGAUUUAGUGAUUAAUAAUCCAAAUGAUUAUCCUAUUUCCAUUUUAUCAUUUUCCAUUCAUGGACCAUCAAGAGAUUGUUUCAAGGUGCUCAAUACCAAUAUGAUCGAUGUUCCAACGCUACUCGAGAUUAAGCCAUACUCUAGAUUGACACUUGGACUUGAAUACGCACCCACUCUGCCAACCAGACAAGAAAAAGAUAUUAGUAGUGCUACACUUCAAAUCUUUUGUUCUUCUACUCAACAACAACAACAAGUGUCUACCAAUUACUCUGUUUCACUUUAUGGUGCCUGUAUACAUAGCCGUCCAACACAAAAACCACCUACCAAUCUACACAACUACAAUAUCUAUGAUUUGGGUAUUUGUUCACCCGGUCAAACACUCGAGUCUCGAUUGUUGAACAAUCACAAUGGCCAUCCACUGCAAAUCCAAUCGAUUGGAGAGGGAUUCUCUUGUCAGGAGCUACCCAACCAUCAAGUAUUGCUUCGUUAUACUCCACCUAAAAGUUUAAAAGCCGAAGGUCAAGUCAUCAUUGUCGAUACGGUCACUAGACAAAAGAAAAUUGUAAAAUUAACUGCAACUAUAAAUCAACCGUCGUUGAAUGAUCAACAAUAUCAAUAUACUCAAUCUCAGCCAACUCAUCCAAAUCAACAAUCUCAACCACAACCACAACCAAUUAUUCAUUUUGAUAGAAAAGAUGUUCAAGGACAAGAUUUGAAAAUUGGAUUACCAAAAGAGGUUUACAAGAAUGGUGGUAUUGAAUUCCAGCCAAAUGAAACAAUUUAUCAAUUGCCACUUAAAUAUUUUGGUGAAUCACGUAUUAGAAUUGAUAUCAUUUCAAUCAAUACUCAAUUAUAUCAUAUAUCACCAACUCAAUUCACUUUGGAUAGUAAUAAUGAUUCAAUUACCCUUGUCAUUCGUUAUAUUGGAAAGAUUACAUCUCCACCUCCAUUUUCAACAUUUAUAAUAUCUUCUCCAAAUUCAAAUGAUGCAAUUAAAAUUAAUAUUAAUCAUGAUAAAGAUGGAGAUGAAGAUGAACAAGAAGAUCAAGAGGAACAGGAGGAAGAAAAAGGUAUUGGAAAAAGUCAAAGAAGAAAUGGUGGUCUAUUUAAUGGUCAAGGGCAAGAUGAUUUUGAACCAUCAGAUGCAUCAACACCAUCACCAAAUUCUUCACCAAAUAUAAAUUCUACAAAUCAACAACCACUAUCAGUAAUAUUUCAAGAUGAAAAUAACAAGAAACAAGAUCUUCAACAACAAUCAGAGAAAUUAAUGUUAUAUUGUAGUAAAAGAAUUGUAUCAUUUGGAGGAGUUAGAUUGGGUGAAAACAAAUAUCAAUUGAUCAAAUUAUCAAGUAACAGUAAAAAGGCAUUACAUAUAAAUGUUGGAUUAGUAAAACAUGACAAUCAAAUUCAUUUGAAUGCCGAUUCUAUGAUUAUUGCUCCGGGAUCGUCGAGUGAUUUGAUGGUUCAAUACUCGCCACUACAAGCAACCACGCAUUCCAAUAUUCUCCAUGUCCAAAUGCAUGAUGGGUCGUGGUUUAAUAUCCCCAUCCGUUCGUAUGGUGGUAGAGCCAUGAUGCGUGUCCUCUCACCAUGCUCGAUUGAUCAUAUGGGCAGAUCGGUUGUCCACGUCACCACCAAGCUCCCCUACACUGACCAAGGUGUAGGAUACCACACUGUCUUGUCGGUAAAGAACGAGGGUCAACGUCCAGGUUUUAUCCGUGCCAUCUCUUCAUUUACCAAUGGAAACAUCAAGAUUCAACCAGAUAGUGCUGUCAUUGGUAUUGGCAAGACGCUAGAGUUCAAGGUCACCAUCACACCCGACCUCUCUAGUUCCAUCGUUGCUUUGGACCCUUUGAUGAGUCAAAAGGGAACCAUCAAAUUCUACUAUGGUGAUGAAAUAGCCAGAAAGAGAAGACGUGCCGCCAAACAUUUGGUUGGGCUUCCCGACACCACCCCUCUCAAAGGUCAAUCAAAUUAUCAAUCAUUUCAAAUUUUUGAUCAAGAUUUUCUUUAUGAACAUUUAUUUAAUGAAUCAGAAAAUGAACAAAAUGAUGAUGAAGAGGAUGAGAAUAAUAAUAAUAGUAUUAUAAAUGAUCAAUCAUUUAAUCAAAUGGAAAUGGAAUUAUUUGAUGAAAAUAUUUCAAGUAUUAUUUUAAUACCAUAUGUUGGAGCUAUGGAACAAUUAAAAACACCUGCUCCAGCUCCUCAACCUCAAUUCUCUGCUCCAUCUACUAGUGCAACCCCAUCAACAAUUGGUAGAAAGUUGGAUACAACUCUGCAACAACCACCACCUAGCACAAAUACAAAUACUCCAUCUACCAUUUCAACCAUGAACAAUUCAACAAUGAAUACAAGUGCCGUUACAAAUAAUACACCAUAUCAAAUUCCUUCUCGUUCAACUAUGAAUAGACAACAUCAACAGUCCCAAUCUCAACCAUUACAACAAUCUCAACAUCAACAUUUACAACAACAUUUACAACAAACUCAACCAUUACAACAAUCUACACAAUAUACUAUACCACAAACACCUUUACCUACUGAAUUGAAUACAAAGGAUCUUCAAAAAGGUGAUUCUACUGUUGUUAGAAUGAAUCAUAUUUCAACUUCAACACCACCAGUAACAGUCAUCAAACAGAAUCAACAACAACAACAACAAGUUCCUCCAUCAAUAUUAAAGGAAACUCAACCAACCAAUUUCAAUCAUUUUAAUCCUUCUAUUUUUGGAUCAGCUGCCAAAAAGUAUGAUUUUGGUCUUUCUUCUGUCCAUCCUCCACAAUCAAUUCUUAAGCAAUCACAACAACAACAAGGAGGAGCAAGUCAAUAUCAAGAUGAACCAAGUCAAUUAUUUGCAAAUUCAUUCUUUAAUACAUCAAGACCAAUAGAUGAUGAUGAACAAGUAAAUCAACAAGAAGAAGAAGAGAUUAGAGGAGGACAAGAGGAUAUUCAUGAAUAUUCAAAUGUUCAAGAGGAUGAUAGUAGAUUAUUUGAAACUCAAAUUAGAGAUCAUGAAUAUGAUGAUUUAUUUAUUGAUGAAGCAAAUCAAUCAUUACAACAACAUCAACAUCAACAAUCUGUAUAUACUGAUGAUGAACAAGAAGAAGAAGAAGAAGAUUUUAAUAAUGGUAUGGGUGAUGGUUCAUUGGGUUUGUCACCUUCAUCAUCACUUAUAUCGACUCCAACCACCUCACCAAAAUCCAUUCAACAACAACAACAUUUAUUCUCAACAACCACCAGAACUCCUGGUUUGGCAAGUAUGAUGCAUACAUCUGCCAUUAAACAUCGUCCACCACAACAACACCACCAACAACAACAUUCUUCGACUUCUACAAGACCAACACCAUUUAAUCAAGCAUUAUUUAGAUCUACCAAUCCAAUAACAUCAACUACAUCCACAUCUUCUACUGCAACACCACCAUCAACAACAACUGGAAAUAGAUUAUUUAGAUCAGAAUAUCAAUUACCACAACCAAUGAUACCAGAAGAACCACAGCAAGAGGAACAAGAAGAGGAAACCAUUUUAUUCCCACAAGAACCAAGUGUAGCCUUUGGUAAUGUCGCAUUGAAUGAAAGAUCAGCCACUAAAAUUGGAGUAUCCAAUGCAUCCAAUGAACCACUUGAAGUGAUGUUAUCACCUUUGGUAGCUCCAUUUGACACCAACUAUCAACAUGUAACACUCAAACCACAAUGCACCACGAGAAUCCCAGUUUACUUUUCACCAACCUCCCAAGGUGAACAUAUUCAAUAUAUUACCAUCUCUACCAUUCCUUCUAGUCAAAAUGAUCAAAUUCUAAAUUGUACAAUUCAAUUAAAAGGUCAAUGUCAAUAA